ACAUUAAAAGUUUUUUUCUUGUUUUGAAAAUGAAAACUUUUAAUGCUACAGUUUUUGAAAAUCUCAUUGCUAACUUAUUUAAAAGUUUUAACUUUUAAUUCGACUGUAUAAUUUCUUUCAUUUUGUCGUUCUCGUGAAACCGUGUUCGUCUAAGUCCAAAAUGUAAACAAACGUUUAGGUGAUUCCGGUGGUUAGUGAGGUGUGGUCCACGACGUCAAUCAAAACAGAACGCGUCCGCAGCCAGGACUUGGACGCGGAUACCUUCGAAGGAGGAUGGUGCGGAACAAGGUUACUGGAUUAGGGGAAAGUUGGUUUUCAAAAGGAUGAGGCCAGCUUCCUGCCGGAUCUGCAGCUGUUUCACGACCGAAAUGGGUAAGAAGGAAGCUUGGGUGUUUGGUGGCGUUUGUGUUUGAUUUUGUUUGUUUUUGUAGGACGCCGUUUAUGCGGAUGUGAAUUUGCACCGGUUGUAUUCGAUAAAGUUAAUUUUAACGGUGAGGAGAAGGAUCCGACGGAAGAGGGAAACGACGAGAAGCGAUCGGAGGUUGUCAGCGCGGAUGUUGCACUCGGUGCCGGCGGUUUACGACCAUCAGCAGCAUUUUGUGCCGGAUGUGAUGACGGGACAGUGUGGGAUGUCCUGAGGGUCUGCUUUCCAUUUCUCGGUGCGGGACAUGUUUGACAAGUUUGCACCAGUUCUGGAAGAACCGUCUGUACGAAAGCCGCAGGUCCUGAAGCUGUCGUACUCGGAUUACUUCCAGAGGUUGGAGCGAUAUCCGACGAACCUGAUAAAGAAAAUCUACCUGGAAUACCGAAGAAGUCACCGCAACUCCCGCCCGCAAACUCUCAACUCGCGAUGGCGCAGCUUCGGCCGGAUGAACUGGCAACAUCUGUGCCAUUCCGAAGGAGGACGAUGUGAUCGGGAACUAUCGGUUCAGGCGCUUCACUUCCCAGUCGGAAAACGUCGACUUACCUUCUCGAAUUAACACCCAAUGGCCAACUCCUCCAAGCCUGUCCUGAUGAUGGCCGGCAACGAGACCACCCUGUUCUCUACAUCGCUGUCGCGCUCCAAAAUGUAGGCCGCGAUGUUAAGCAGCAUAAGCAGCAGUUUUAAUAUUAAAAUAAAAAUAGAAAUAAAAUCCAUCACAUUUUUCGAAAAUCAUCACUGUAAUGUUAAAUGUUAUUUAUUGUUGCCAUAAAAAGUUUCUUCUUAUAAUAAAAGUAAAAAACUUUUACCGAUACAAUGAUUUUGUUCCAGAAGUGCAUGGUAGUAUCAAAAACUUUGCAACUUUUAAAUUAAAAAGUUUGAACUUUCUACGAAUA